UGAAGGCAGCAUGUAAACAUUGUGUAACUUGCUCAGUAUGGCUGCCCCGUUGGUCAAGAGUUUCCUAAAGUCUUGCAGACAGAUCUCUCGACCAUGGGGAACAUGCCAGACUGGAUGGAGGAGAAUGUGCAGCAGUUCUGCUCCAGAUGUGGCUGCACACCAGGCAGCAGCAGAGGCAAUGCCUUUCCCUCCUCUACAGACUUAUUCAGAGGAGGAAAGCAUGAUGAGGGAAGCAGUGAAAAAAUAUGCACAGGAGCGCAUUGCUCCAUUCGUGUCAAAGAUGGAUGAGAAUUCUGCCAUGGACAAGGAAGUGAUCGACUCUCUCUUUGAACAGGGUCUCAUGGGCAUUGAGAUUGACCCAGAAUAUGGCGGCACUGGCUCUACAUUCUUCUCCUCCAUUCUGGUCAUUGAGGAGUUGGCGAAGGUGGAUCCUUCCGUGGCUGUUCUCUGUGAUAUCCAGAACACACUCAUUAACACACUGUUCUCCAAACUGGGGACACCCGCACAGAAAGAGCAGUACCUCAGCCGACUGUCAACAGACAUGGUUGGAAGCUUCUGUCUCUCUGAAGCAGAGUCAGGGAGUGACGCCUUCUCUCUGAAGACACGUGCAGAGAAACACAAGGACUUUUACAUCAUCAAUGGAUCCAAGAUGUGGAUCAGUAAUGCAGAGCAUGCAGGUGUAUUCCUGGUGAUGGCCAACGCUGACUUGUCUGCCGGAUACAAAGGCAUCACCUGCUUCAUCGUGGACCGAGACACUGAGGGGCUUGAGAUUGGCAAAAAGGAGAACAAGCUCGGCCUGCGUGCGUCCUCCACCUGUCCGCUCAACUUUGACAAUGUCAAGGUACCAGAGAAGAACAUUUUGGGACAGAUGGGUCACGGGUACAAGUAUGCCAUCGGAAUGCUGAAUGAGGGCCGGAUAGGAAUAGCCAGUCAGAUGCUUGGACUGGCACAGGGUUGCUUUGACCACACCAUUCCUUACACCAGACAGCGAACGCAGUUUGGAAAACGCAUCUUUGACUUCCAGGCCAUGCAGCACCAAAUCGCCCACGUAGCAACACAGAUUGAAGCAGCUCGGCUGCUGACGUACAACGCCGCUCGUCUGAAAGAAGCUGGGAGACCUUUCAUCAAGGAGGCCUGCAUGGCUAAGUACUUCACUUCAGAGGUUGCGACACUAACCACCUCCAAGUGCAUUGAAUGGAUGGGAGGGGUGGGCUUCACCAAGGACUACCCCAUCGAGAAAUACUACAGAGACUGUAAAAUUGGCACCAUUUAUGAGGGCACAUCAAAUAUCCAGCUCUCCAGUAUGGCCAAGUUCAUUGACAAGGAGUAUGACCACUGAAAGAAUCCGACCAGAGCUCGAUCAUUUGCACUCUGACAUGUUACACUCCGUAUUUGUUUCUCUACGAUGACUUUGGAGUGUUUUGCUGUUGACCUGGUUUCACGGGUGGUUCUGUUACAUUUAAAACUUGUAAAGUAGUUCCUGCCAUUGGUGCAGGUGGUAUUUGUUUCAUUUGCCUUCUAACAGUUUAAAAAAUUCCUCUAUACUACUUUUUGGGUAUAUUUGGGCAUAAUUAUUUUUUUUGAUCAAUUCUGGGAUGUAAUGUGUUUCCUUAAAUUAUUCAGUAGUUGACUGAGAUCAAGGACUUAAAAGUGUGUUGUAUUUGCAAGAUAAUAUAGAGAUUCUGAGUAAAACUUUAUACAAAGGAAAAUAUCUAAUUGCGAUUUUACUGACAGAUAUCACAACUACAGCUCAAUUAGCCUUAUCAUUUUUAUGUCUAGCUGCCGUUCACUGCAAGGAUCACAAUGUUUCAAUGCCAAGUCUAUAUUAAUGAGGAGUUUUCUUAGGGUGUUUAGUGUGUAAUAGAUUGAAAACAUGACAUGAGAUAACAAAUUAUGUAAAAAUGUCCAAUGGGCAGCCACGACCAAGUAGAAAGAGAACUUAACUGGAGGUUUGCCAGUUUGAGUCCCCACCAGGAUGAAGGGCUGUGGUACUCCUGAGCAAGGUACCCAACCCCCAUUGCUCCCCAGGUGCUGCUCAGUGGCUGCCACUGCUGUUUCUAGUAGAGGUUGGGUUAAACGUAGCAGUUCUGAUUGAAAGCAAUUCAAGUUGUUGAAUUUAAUCACCUUGGUGCUCCAUAAUCACAUUUAAUUUGUUGAAUUAGAAAAAAAUGUGAAAAGUAAAGAACAACUGAAACUGAGUCAAUCGUUUCAUGUUCUUUCUAUUUGCCAACUGAUACAAGUUUCUGUCACUAGAUGGCAGUAUUCUCCUGAGUGACAGCAGCUCUAUUGUCUGACGUGACGCUGCUUCUUGCUUCUCACAGUGCACGAGCAGUCAUUUACCAUAACUCCUGUCAGCUCUAAUGAUAUUUAAUACCAAAUUCAUUAUGCCUGCAGUGCAUAACUGCUGCACUGAUCAUUUUUCAAGUGAGAUAAUGUUUGUCACAUGUCGUGUUAAAAUAAGGUCUAUUGUUCUGCACUCAAAUGGGUCCAAAUUAUCAGACAAACCUUUAAGCGUAGUUGUUCAAGACCCAUCACAAUAUAUGACCCAUCUCUAUUUAUAUAUACGUAUAUAUAUAUAUAUAUACAUACACAUGUAAAAAAAAGUCAGCUUGUAAUUGCUGCUGUGAGACAGUGACAGUGUUGAAACCAGAUUUAGACAUGUUAAAAAUCCCAUUAACUUAAUAGAUAUCAUCAUCAUAUGAAUACAUAAUAACCAUAGAAGAUUAUGUCAUUCAUCACGCAGAUUUAACAGAGAAACAAAGCCCUUGUUCUCUACAAUACCUAGACAAAUUGACUGUAUUUAAAAAGAGCAAUACAUUCUAUUAAUUCCAUUUUUUAGUCAUCACUGACAUUCAAAAACAUGCACAGACAAGGUCUCAAUCUCACCUGAAAGAGAUUCUGAUCUCAAGAAUCUCUAGACUUCAAAAUAAAGGUUAAAAUGCAAGUUUUCGGUUUUGAAAAUGUCUUUAUGUAUGGUUAUGACAUGCCAUCUGGUUUUCCAUACAAAGAGUGUUUUCCAUAUAUGAAAUUUUGUGAUGUACAGAUAUAAACCUAUACUUCUGAUUGACACGAAAACAGUGGUGUUUUCAUGACUGAGAAGUGAACAGAAUUGAAAUGGUUCCCCAGGCAGACAUGUUAUUUAAUAUGUCUCAUUAGCAAGAUCAGAUCCAUGUGUCCAAAAUCCCUUUAAUGACAAAGAUGUAAAAGGGAAACAGAGGCCUGUGUCUGAGUGUCCUCAUCUUUUCCACCUCUAACCCACUCUGACUUGUUCUUUCUGUUGAACGAGCCGCUGUUUAAUGAACACAAUCUGAUGGAAAACCA